CCUCCCCACUGUGGGAAUGACGAGCCGCCUGUGAGGAUAACGAUCUGGAAGCAGCACCAUGCGCCAAGAUUUCUGGAAGAGACAAGCACACGGUGUCCUUCCACCCUGGCAUUUUCAGAUGCUCUAACAGGCAGCGUCUAAAGACAGGGUUAAAAGAAAACAAGGGGAGGGGGAAAAAGGAGAAAACUGCGUUGUUCAAUAGAACAGCCACAGACAUCUUGUUUUUCUUCAUUCCUCCUCCCCUCUCUCUCUCUUUCUCUACCCCUCCUCCCUUCCUUCCUCCUCCCCCCCAUUUAGUUCUUUCCAUUUUCUCUCCCUCUUACCCCUCUCCUCUGUUGCCGUUAUAUUUUUAUUUAGCGGAGUGGAGCCGCUUGCCCACAUCCACGGGCUUUGAUGUUGAGGAGUGAGUGAGAGAGUGUGCGCAGGCGCCCCCACCUUGGAAUUACUGCACUGGUCAGAAUAAGUUGGAUCCUCUCUCUCUCUCUUUCUCUCUCUAUCGCUGUCUUCGCUGGAAAAAAAAAUAAGAGACCCCGACAUCAUCCGCAAAACUUAGGGAUGCUGAGAGUCCGGAGAAGGGGCUACUUUAGGGCUUUGUCGUUCCCCUUGCUAGUGGCGAUGGUGUGUGCACAAAGUGUCAAAGACCCCAGUAACAUGUCAUUGGUGAAGGAGACCGUUGAUAGACUGUUAAAGGGCUAUGAUAUCCGUUUGAGGCCAGAUUUUGGAGGUGAUCCCGUGCUGGUUGGCAUGAACAUAGACAUUGCCAGUAUAGAUAUGGUUUCAGAAGUCAAUAUGGAUUAUACUUUGACGAUGUACUUCCAACAGGCUUGGCGGGACAAACGGCUUUCCUAUUCAGAAAUACCCUUGAAUCUCACAUUGGACAACAGAGUGGCUGAUCAACUCUGGGUUCCUGACACUUAUUUUCUUAAUGAUAAAAAGUCUUUUGUGCAUGGUGUCACUGUAAAGAACCGAAUGAUACGUUUGCACCCAGAUGGCACAGUUUUAUAUGGUCUCAGAAUUACCACAACAGCUGCUUGCAUGAUGGAUUUACGAAGGUACCCUCUUGAUGAACAGAACUGUACUCUUGAAAUAGAGAGCUAUGGGUACACCACAGAUGACAUUGAAUUCUACUGGCGUGGAGGUGACAGAGCUGUGACUGGAGUGGAAAAGAUUGAGUUACCACAGUUUUCCAUUGUUGAUUAUCACCUUAUUUCCAAGAAUGUUGUUUUCUCUACAGGUGCUUACCCCAGGCUUUCCCUCAGCUUCAAGCUUAAAAGAAACAUUGGUUACUUCAUUCUGCAAACAUAUAUGCCCUCCAUCUUGAUCACCAUCCUCUCUUGGGUGUCUUUUUGGAUUAAUUAUGAUGCAUCGGCUGCAAGAGUUGCUCUAGGUAUUACCACGGUACUUACUAUGACUACAAUCAAUACCCAUCUCCGGGAGACUCUUCCAAAGAUCCCCUAUGUUAAAGCUAUUGAUAUGUACCUGAUGUGCUGCUUUGUGUUUGUGUUUUUGGCCCUUCUGGAGUAUGCACUGGUAAACUACAUCUUUUUUGGAAGAGGACCACAGCGGCAAAAAAAGAUUGCAGAGAAAGCAGCAAAAGCGAACAAUGAGAAGAUAAGAGCAGAAGCAAAGAUGGAUCCACAUGAAAAUAUUCUCCUCAGCACACUGGAGAUUAAGAAUGAAAUGAGUCCUGCUGAGAUUUCAAUGGGUAUCGGUGAUCCCAGAAGUACCAUGAUGCCAUAUGAUAGUUCUGGUAUUCAGUACAGGAAGGCAGGACUGUCCAGGCAUAAUUUUGGCAGGAGCGCCUUGGAAAGACAUGUAGCCCAAAAGAAGAGCAGGCUACGGAGACGUGCUUCCCAAUUGAAAAUUAAUAUCCCGGAUUUGACUGAUGUGAAUGCCAUUGACAAGUGGUCACGGAUGAUUUUUCCCCUCGUUUUUGGAUUUUUCAAUGUAGUCUACUGGCUGUAUUAUGUGAAUUAAGCUGAAGAAUGUACACAGACAGUAUCUUCACAUAUUUUAUUUGUUUUGCAACAAGUUGGAACCAUCGUUUUGAAUAUGAGGUUGUUCAGAACAAAUCUUGCAUGCACUUUAACUCCUAAAUGGCUGGCUCUAUUGAACUCUUCAUUGAUUAAGUUAUGUUAAUUGAAACAUUUUGCCGUGUCUGUGAUUCUGUUUAUCGCAUUGAAAUUAUUAAGUAAUAUUUUCCUUUUUAUAAUGUAUCUGCCUCAGAUCUGACCACAUGGCUAUCACAUCAAAAUGUGUUUAUUUAAAAGGUUCAAUUAAUGAUUGAGCUGUAAUUUUUUCAUUUAAGAGUAAAAACUACUCUUGAUUCUCAGUUAUGAUUCAGCAGUAACUUGAAAUAUAUUUUAUAUCAUUAUGAGCAUGUUCAACACACAGUGCUAGUUUGUCAGAACAGCCUUCAUACUUAUGGCUGAGAGGCAACGAUGCAUGCAGGGUGAUUAAGAGCUGCUAUUCAUGUAAACUGAAAAAGAAAUAACUGUUCAAACUGAAGAUAUCAGGAUACAAAGUUUAAAGUAGACCUUCAAAAUAAUGUAGAACAGGAGUUGUAAUGCCACAUUUGCCUCUUACAGAUCUUGUAAAAUUACAUCAAAUCCAAAUCCUAAAGAGAUACCAUAUUUGUAUACAGAGCAUUUCAAAUGAAAAUGUUGAUUGUAUCAAAGAAUUUUUGCAUUGCCUUUGAAAAUUAUAUCAUUACCACAUUCGAAUUAGCAUGGAAAUAUUUUACAUUAUUGAAAAGGUGAAAACCUAAUAAAUGCCUCAUGUAUACUAAAGACAAAAUUUAAUAGUAAAUUCCCAAGUUUCAAAAGAUGGAUGACCAGUAACCUUUAAAAUUAGCAGACAUUUUACAGCUAGUUGAUUACCUGUUAGCCCACCAUAAAGAAAUCCCCAUAUAUCAAUAAUUAAUAGGUGUUCCUAUCUUUACUCAGUAUGGCAAGGAAAGUCCACUAUUCAUUCACUAACCUUUAGCCUGGAAAUUAGAGAAGGAAUUGUCUCAUACACAUAUCUGUGCGAUUUUUUUGAAAAUAUUUUGAUCUGUAGGUACCCAUCAUGACCAUAAAUAAAAAGCACAUUUUGGCUUUAAACUCUAUAAUGGAAAAUUUACCAAUGGGACCCAAUAAUGGUUCAACACUGUUCUCCAUUGAUACCAGAAGCAACGAACUCUUAGAAUCAUAUCAGCCUUGUGUUUUAAUAAUUUUUGAUGUGCCAAAAUAUAAUGUUUUUUUUUAAUUUAUUAGAACGUUUUGUUUCUUUCACUAAAUUGCAGGCAAUGUUUCUGGCCGAACAAUUCUCUUUUCCUUCUACAUGGUCCCAUGAAAAACGGGAAACAUAGUUGAAAUUAUGGCCAUACAGAAAAUAUAUUUAUGACAAAUGUCUAUGUGCAAUGAUUUUAAGUGCUUAGAGUUAAAUACAUUCUACUUGAGUUAAUAUAAUUCUAUUUUCAUGGAUCAUUUGUAAGGAGAACUUUUAGUUCUGUUUCAUGUAAAUAUGAGAAAAGUUGGUUUCCUGUAAGCUUUUAUAAAAAAAAAUUGAUUUUGUAUUGUGUCAAAAAGUUAAUUGCAUCAUCUGUUAACCAGCAACAAAAUUGUCAUUGGUCCAUUGUUAUAUGGGGGCAUAUCAGCACUGUAACUUAGACAGGUAAAUGGUAUUCAAGAGACAUUAACAAGUGCAAAAGCUAUUUUUAUAGUUAAAAUUAUUUUGUACAAUCAAAAGGAUUUAUGUAAUGCAGUUAUGUCUGAAUUAAGAUCUGGUGUAGAUAAGUAGAUAAUGAAAAUAUGUGCUGCUGUGGGCACCUGAAUAUUGUAUGAAGACAUUCACUUUAUUUUUCAUUACCCAAUUUAGAAUCGAAAAGUUAACUAUUUCUGAAUUUCAGGAGCAUCCAAGUGGUGUAGCUUAGCACAAGCUGUGUCUUUCAGUAAUUCAGUGUGGUUUCAGUGCAGUGAAAAGAUUAAUUUUAAUUGAUAUGUGUUUUAAUAAUUUUCUACAGGCAGUGAAAUUAGUCUGGGGCGAUUCUAUCAAAUUUCUUAUUUGAGUAAAUCCAUAAAGUGAACCAAUUUUUUUUUCAGUAGAAUGAAGUGAUAGAUCUGACCAUAUAAAGUUUUCAUUAGUAUUAGCAUCCAUUUUCCACAUGAAGCCAGCAAUUUGGAUGUUACGUGUUUAAAAAGAGCUUGUAAACACAUUAAUACAAUUACAGCAAUUGUAGUGUGUUUCAGAGCACUUGUAAAUAUAUAUAUAUAUAUGUGUGUGUGUAUACUAUAUAUAUGUGCGUAUGUAUAUAUAAAUAUAUAUAUAUGUGUGUGUAUAUAUAUAUAUAUAUACUCUAUAUAUACAUAUAUAUAUAAAAUUUGUGAGCUGGUAGUAUAUUUUUAGUUAUUUUGCAGAUUCACCCAUUAAUUUGGCUUCAAUACUUUGUAAAUGUUUACAGAAGCAAUGCCUUGUAUCUUUCUUAGGAAUUAUCAGCAUUAUAAAGGGAAUGGAUAUGGUAACUAAUUUAACAAUCUUCAAUCAUAUAAAGAGAAUUAUAAAGAAAAAGUAAUAUGAAGCAUUUUGGUACUUAGAGAGAUCCAGGGAUUUAGUGUGUGUUACAAUAUUUUCUUAAACUGUGUACUUUGGAGUCGUGACUACAAAUCAAAUUUGAUUUUUCCCCCAGAUGUUUGGCAACAAUAAAAGUAGCCAGCAGCUGAAGUUGUUCAUCUAAUAUUGACCAAUAAAAAUGCUUCAAGCAAGCACCAAUGUGAAAAACUACAUUACAUAUAUAUAUAUAUAUGGUACACGCACUGUACAUUAUAUGGAACACCACUUCAGUCAUUACAAAUUUGAAUUUGUAAAGAACUCAAAACACCAAUUUCAUACAAAUACUGCAUAAAUUAAUCAAUCCAGCAGGGCACAAUAAUAAUAAUAAUGCCAAAAUGUUCCAUUUUUAGUUUUCCUUUUAACCAACGCUAAAAAUAAUUGGAACUGAAAUAUAGUUUGGCAAUAGCAUCAACAGUUGUUAGCAGUAUCUUGCAUUUCCAGAAUUUGCUUUGAUUGUAGAGGUAAAUGAAAUUGAUCUCUGAUAUUUAUUGCAUUAUAUUAAGAAAUUGAUGGGUUUUAUUUUUUGUGACUGGAAUGGCCAAAUACAGUACAGCAACAGCUUGUACGUAGUUCAUUUGCAAUAUCGUUAGAAAGGUUGAAUGUACUAAGUAAUUGACUAAGAUAUUAGCGAGACAGAAAAUACUAGAAAUAUAUAGCAAGUCACCCAGCAUCUAUGCAAAGAGAAAUAAAGCUAAUAUUUCAGGUCAAAAACCCUUCAGUCAGUCAAAUGAGUCUUCAAAUAGAAACAUUAACUCUAAUUCAACAUCCAUGAAAGCUGCCUGAUUUUGCAGAGCACUUACUGUGUUCUGUUUCUUAUUUCAGACUCCCAACAUCUGCAAUUUUGAUUUUCAUGAUCAGGGGAACAAAUCUAUUAAACUAAUAUAGCUUGAAGUGAAAGGUGGAAAAUUCCUUUAUCUACUAUUUGAGAGACAUUUGAUUACUUUUCUGUAUUGUCUACUAAAAUUAGUAGAAAUUCAGACAUUUCAGCAUUGUCCACCAGGCAGCACACCUGGUAUUAGCUAGUAUAGAAAUUAUCAAUAACAAUCAUCUAAGCAAUACAUCAUUAUCAUCAAAAUAUAUAUCAAAGGAUGCAAUAUCACAUUUGCUAAAGUUUUGACUACUGGCUGGUCGAGACUUUGGAUGGUUAUGGAACAUUUUUACAGAAAAUUUUGUAGUAUGUAGUUAUCAGGUAGGAAGAGGAAAUAGAUGUCAUGGGCUUUGACCUUAUUUAAGGUAUCUAAAUUCUCUAUAAAAAUGGAACUGAAAACUCACAUCACUUGCAUCAUUUUACAGGCACCUAGUGAAAAUUCCAAUCCAUCAUCACCCUUAAACAAGUCAAUGAUCAUCAUGACCUUGGAUAUCUUUUCAUAGUAGAAACUGAAUUGGAUGAAUAGAUCUAGCAUUAAGAAAAAGGUAAGUAGCAGCAAAUGUUUCAUAAUAACAAGCAGAUAAAUAUUGAAAUUUAAAAUUAAUUGGAUAUUUGCCACAACAUUUUAAAAUGUGGUAAAUGUUUAUUUUCUUUAAUUUUUAUUGUCAGAUAUGAGGUUAAGAAUUGGUUUGGUCACUUUAUGUAGCACACAGCAUACUAUUUUUGUUAAUACACUUAGAAUGUGGCUAAAUAUGGUGAUCCCAGAAUUUAUUCUUCCUAAUCCUAAUUGUACUUCACAGAGUUGGAAAAAAAAUUAUCCUUUUUAUACACUUGAAAAUGUUGAUAGAAAUUUCAAUUAUUCAGCACUUUUCAUAUUUUCCCCCAAGAAAUAUUUCCCUAUUUCCUUUAGUUUCAGGAAAUUACGACCAUUUUAUUUAUUUUCUAUCUCCUAAUAUUGUAAAUAAUAUAUCUGAAUCAGAGUUCUUCCUAAUCAAAGAUGAUUUCACAUUUAGCCCAUGCAAUCAUUGUAUAUCACCCAAUGUCUACUGGCAGGUCUGUUAUUCAUUACAUUCGUUGUUGCACUGUGCUCAAGAGGCAGCUUAUCUUGACUAAAUGCUAGAAAAACAAAAGAUGAAAUAACAAAUAUAAUUUGAAAAAUAGUGUUCUGUGGAAAAGAUUAGUGCUGAUUUUGAAUCUUUUUCUGAAUCAUGAACAAAAAAUCCAAAACUUCUUCCCCGUGCAAAAUUUCCCUUGAGAAAGGCACUGCCUUGAGCUGUUGUAUUCCUUCUGGAAACAUGUUCAGGAUUUACAGUCAGUGAUACUGAAGGAACUGUAAUAUAUUUCCAAGUCAGGAUGGUGUGCAACACAGUAAGGAGUAAGUGCUGGUGUUCACAUACACCUGAAGACCUUGCUUUCCAUCUGCCAGAAGGUGGAGCUUUGAGAAGUACUGUUACAGUGAGGUGAUUAGAUGUCAUUUGUAGAUGAUAUAUACUGCAGCUUUUGUGCUCUGGUAGACAAUGGAAUGAAAAUUUCGCUUGCUGGAUGGGGACCAAUUAAGUAUGCUACUUUGCCCAAGACAGUGUUGAAUGUUUUAUUUGUUAUAGGAACUGCUAUAGAAAAAUGGAGCAUUUUGCUUUCGAGGUGAUGGGAAAUCUUUAGGGAGCAGAUACAUUUGAGGUUUUGGUCAAUGGUGGCUUCCAGGAAGUUAAUGGUGUAGUAUCAUUGUAAUAUUAAAUUACCACCCAUGGUAGGGUCACCCAUGGUGAUAAGGUCAAGGGUGAGGUCCCUGACAAAGAACAAUCCAACCAAGACCUCAACGGUGGAACAGCCGGAUGAAGUUACUUCGAACUCGAUGGCUGUGAAGGCGGAUGAAGGCUGCAACAAAUCCAUCAGUUUCAAUCGUCGUGGUUUCCCUGCCAUUGGAAUCAGUUGGUUAUUUGUGAAGUAUCGUGUGCUUCUUGGAGUGCAACAUCAAGUACCCGUUAAACAAAUACACACCCAGGCGUCUUCGCUCUGUGGGCCACUUCUUCAGAACGAAGACCAUCAUCCUCGACCUCGAGGGAUAGCCUCGACGAUGACGACAACGGAUAUUAAAUUACAUUGUUGGCUUUCUUUUGUUGGAAAUGAGUGUUGUCUAACACUCGUGCAUGGCUGCUACUUGUCAGAUAUUACUCCAGAGCAAAUGAAGUCUACGUUUAUCUGACUACAGUUGAGGACUACUCUUUCUGAAGAGUGGAAUGUAACAUUGCACAAACAUAGUGAAAGUCCUCAUUAAUUUUAUGAUAGAAGGAAAGUUAUUUAUUAAGAACUUGAGAUGGUUAGUUUUGGGGCACUUCCCUUCUUGCAGUAAUGUCCUGGGGCUGGGAUGAUUGGCUAUUAUUACAAUUUUAUUCCAAACACAGCUACUUUGUGCAAUAUAAGGCUACAUCUAUUGAAGUGCUUAUGUCUUGAUGCUCAUAUCUCACCAAAGCUCUUUGAUCACACACUUGGUUAAAUCCUGACUUGAUAUCAUGGGUAAUUGCUCUCAUAUCACCUAUGGAAUUCUACUCUUUGGUUCAAAUUUAGAACAAGGCUGUUUUGAAGGCUGCACUGAAAUGUUACUGAUCAUACCCAAAACCACAUGGCUGAGUAAGGAAUGUUUGAUAGCACUGUAAGUGACAUUUUCACUCAUUCUGUCGCAGAUUGAGAGUAGACAGACAGAAGUGGUAAUUAGCUGCAUUGGUUUUGGUCCUGUCUUUGUCAUUAUAGAUGGUAGUCUUGUGACUGUACUGGAACAGUUUGGCCAACAGUUCAUUCUGGACCACAGGUCUUCAGUACUGUAGUUCAGAUGCUGUCUGAUCAUGUGGACUUUGCUGAAUCCAGUACUCACAGCAACCUAAAGUCAAUCACGUUGGCUGAAAACUAGCUUCUGAGAUGGUGGGAUCUCAGGAGGAAGCUGAGAUAAAUAAUCCACUUAGCAUUUCUGGUUGAAUAUAUUUUUAAAUAUUUCAGUCAUAUCUUUAGCACUCUCAUGGUGUUGUUUGCCAUUAGUAAUAGGCAAAUGUUUAUUCAACUAUCUUCGGUUGGGGGGGCGGUUUGCUUGUGUAAUUACCUGUCACUUAUUAUGACUAGAUACCACAAGAUUGGAAAGCAGGUAAAUCUAUCUAUUGCAUAUCAGUUCUACUUAGCUCAUGAGUUAUUCUGUAUUUAUUGUUACCAGAUUGGGAUCACAUUUCAAGGUAAACUUGCUGCUUCUUCCCUCAUAUUUCUACAAUUAUUGCAUCGGGACUGAUCCCCUGAUAUGUUAACAAUAGUAAAGUUGAAGCUUUGUCUGGAAGUGAAGAUUGUGACUGUGUAGAUUUGUUGUUCUUUGAUAGUUCAUUCACAGCAGCAUAUCAAUGCCAGGUUUUGACCAAUCCCAUCUGUUCAGUUAACUGUUCUGCACAAUUGAAGUGUGUGGCAUGAAAUAAUGAAAGAAUGAUCUCAUUAUGAAGCAGAAAUUGUGCAAUGUCAAUUUCUAUCUAUUUCACAGGUAGAUCAAUCGGGAUAAGCUAGUUCAGUUUAUCUCUCAUAUCAGUUCACUCACUACCUUCUACAGACUCAGUCAGCUGAUCUGUGGUAAUGGGUGUGGAAUUCCCAUUCCUAGAUUCUGUAGCCUUGACUUUUUCAGUGUUUCUCUCAAUUAUUGUUCAGUAAAAAGACAUAUCGAUCACAAGCAUUGGUUCAGAAGCUGAGUUCAUACAGUAGGUAUUAAUUAGUUUUCUUAUUCAGAUGGCAUGAAAUUAGCAAGAAUAUCCUUUUACACCUGUAUAUUGCUGUGCUGCUUGCUUAGGUGGAUCAAUUUGACUGGACACACACACAGAUUGAGAUAGAAUAAUCUGGUACAUUGUCUCUCUGACCACAUCUAGCUAUUGCUUGCCAGCUCUCCUAAUUUAGACAUCAGUUUCUCGCUGUUUAUUUUGUGAGGGAAAGAGCAACAUUGCCAAAUUCAGUACCCAGGAACAUCUGGUUUAUACUUUUUCUGUUGUAUCAUUCCAAAAGGAGAUUAAAUGUUAUCCAUGAUGGUGAGCUUAAAAAUACAAGUUGGCAUACUACCUCCCCAAAGUACAUUUGGCAAUGCUUUUUUUUAAAAUGGUGAAUUCUGUAAAAAUUGACUUUUUUUCUUUUAAUUCCAUAUUCAUAACUAAAUUUAAGUUCUACAACAGCCAUUAUGGGAUUUCAGUUUUGGGGUCUAAACUAUUAGUUCAAAACACUGGAUUAUUGCUCAAACAAUUUAACUGCCACACCUGUGCCAUACGUUGAAUGAGAGAAUUAAAUUCCUCCUCUUCCACUACCAACAGAAGGAGGUCAAAUUAAAGGGAAAAACCUCAUUCCUCAAAGUUAGUUUAUUUAGUUUUUUUCUUUUUUAGUUACGUCACUAAAGACAAGAUCUUACAUGUAUAAAGAUAUUACUUAAAGACUGAAAUAUAUAAAGACAUGAUUUCAAAGCUGCAGCUUUCCUACCAUCGGUAUUAUGCGUGUACAUUAUGUUUUCCUUUCAGUAUCAUUUUCCCAUUUUUCUCAAUAUUAAACAUAUUACAAGUUACUUAUAUUUAUCUGCUGGAUCAAUCAUGUAACUUUCUGCACAAAAUCUCAGGAAACUGCACCAAUUUUGGUUUUGUAUCAUGGCCUUCAGUGCAUAGAAACAUCCCAAAACUGCACAAAUCAUAUGAAAAAAAAUUAGAAGUCAGGAAUGAAUAAAAGGGUGCUAUUAUAUGAGAGGUUCUUUAAUUGAAAAUUGCUUGACACAUCUCAGGCCCAAAGUAUUCUAAUAUGUUAAUUGUAAUAACAUUUCUGAAAAAUAACUGUUUUGGAAUUCUGUCAGUGCCAAUAGCAAAGAAUGCUCAUUUUAGGCGUUUACAAUUUGUAGUUGGCAUUAAAUCCCACUAAAUUAAUUUUGAAGCUUUUACCUUCUCUGUUGAAAGUGAAAUUUUAAGGACCUGCUUAGGAGACUUCAAAUUGAUUUGCAAAAUAGAUCAACUAUAGAUACUCAGUGGUAACCAGUGGGCAUAGUCCAUGAACAUUUAUCCAAACAUAUGACAGCAUAUAUAGAUCUCAUAAUUAGCAUACCAUAGUACUACUUCUUUAGAUGUCAGUAAUAUUUCCUGCCAUUAGAUUACAGCAAAAGGUGACUUGCAAAUAUUCUUGACUACCUUUGAUUGCUACAUUUUAUGGCUUUAGACUUAAAUUUCCCUUUAAUACAGCCUUCACAUUGGAAACCAUUCAUGUUUUAAGCUGUUUCACCAACUGUAUAUAGUGUUCAAUCACUGAUCAUCACUUGAAGAUGAACUCUUGUAAAUAUAAGUAGAUUUCUUAACAUUUUUAACUUCUGAUUUGUAUUUUAAUGUAAUGCAAAUGCUAAAGCAGCUUCAUGGUAAAGUAUUUAAACAAUUAUGUAAAUAUUAAUGGCAGUAUACAAUUGACAUUUGAUGGAAGAACUAACUGUUUGUGUUUUGUUUUAUUCAGUUAGAAUAAUUAGUAAGAUAGCUAUUACUAAGCUUUUUGAUUUUUUGAGCUGGGAUUGGGGAAAUUAUUUUUUCUUGCAGUAGUUUUCAGCCUUACAAUAAGACUUUUUAAAAAAAAGUAGCCUUUUCUGUCUUUGCAAUAUGCACAUUUUGCAAUGCUAGAAAACGCAAAAGGUAAGUGGACACCAUCAUAUCAAUAUUUCAUGUCCACUGUUUCGAAGAUUAUUAAUGUUUAAAUAGGAGAAACUAAUUGAGGGAUGUGAUAUAUUAAUUAUAAAUGAGUUGGGCCAUAAGGAAUAUUUUCGUGACUAAAAUUUUCUGCAGCAAAUUUCUGCAUGUAAAUAUAAACUACUGUUGGCUAGUGUGUAAUUCUUGAAAACAGAAUUAAUGCAAUAUAAAUAAAGAAAAUUUUAAA